UUGGUGUAGAUGGUACCUAUAUCUUAUACUAACCUGCCGGAGUGUACUUUUAUUGGUAGUGUGGCGUUAUUAUUGUGAUGGUAUCGUGAACAUACAGCCCAGCAGAUCCAGAGCCGGUACACAUUAAUAUGUAAAGCGUUAAGCGCGCGGUUAAGCAACAAACCAUAGAGGAAAAAAAUGUAUAUGGGAAGUGCGUUUGUUUGGUCGUCGUCGUCGAGGUUCGUGAAGUCCCUCGAGAGCCGCAACUAAUCUUCUGGCUUCUGCUGCUCGUUCUCAGUGCUCUGGUGAAUCUGGAUACGCUUUUCGCGUCGUGUCGCGGUCGUCUUGUUGCAUUGCGUGUAAAUACGAGAAUACCUACGAUACGAAGUGUGUACUGGACAUCGAUUUAUUCGUCGUGUUCGAAUUCUGGUGAGGUGAAUUGAUCAUAACCUUAUACUCGGUGAGGUGAUCCUGUGCGAUAAAGAUUUGGUGAUCGAUAAAGUAUCAGUGAAUUGUGUUUGAAGUGUUUUUGCGCGAAAACAUAUACGAGUUAUUUUCAAAAAAAUAUUUUCAAUUUUUAUUGAUUUUAUAUAGUGAGUGAUUGUGUUACACGAAUUACAAUACAGUAUCAUAAUAUUUGCAUCUUGAUUUGGAUUCAGAGUUCCGAAGUAUUUAUUUGGGUGGACGAGUGAAAUAAUUACUGUCGCGAAAAAUGCAUCCGCAGCUGGAUAGCGGACACAUGCGGUCGAAAGAAUGAAAAAUGAUUUGAUCUCGAGUGCCCUGGUCGUCAUUUCUUCUUACAGCAUCUGAUAAGAUGAACGUGUUAUGUUUGAAAUUACGCAACCGGCACGCGGUAUGGAAUCCGGCCGCUGCACCGGUUUCGCACUAUGAUGAUGGUAUGCCUACAGAAGGUCCAACCGAGAAGAUUCAUCGCAUUGCUAAGUCUAAACAGGAAUAUGGGUGUAAAAUGUCGCCUCCUUUGCCAGUUACGGAAGACACGCCACCGGAUAUGUUGGCCGGUGCGAUGGAUUUACACGUUGUGCUUCCAAAUGGUCAAGAUAUGAAAAUGAGCGUCGAACGAAGUACACCGAUGAUGGAUUUGUUGGUUCAGGUCACAACGGCUAAUAAAAUCUCACCUGGUGGACACGUAAUUCAGGCUAUUGGCGAUCGUGGUGUUUUACCUUAUAAACCUAGCACGCCUAUAGGAGCAUUGGAUACGUGGACGAUACACAUCGUACCUAAAAAGAAAGCCGGAAUGAUUUUAAAGAAACCGUUCACGAAGCCGAUACCCAACACACCAUUCGAACAAACAUUUCGAUUACAAGUAAAUUUACCGCGAAAUCAACUUUACGUUAGUCGAGUCAGUUAUCGAACUCGUUUAGAAGAUGUUCUCAACGAGGUGUGCAAAGAGAAGAAUCUAGACCAAUCAAAAUAUUGUUUCACUCAUCCAGAUAAUCUCGAAGAAGAAUUGGAUUUGAAGAAAACAUUUCUGGAUCAUAAAGUACAACAGUUGACGCUGAUUUCGAAGAAUAAUCGACCGGUUGGCUUAUCCAGUUCUGAUGUGAUCGCGUUGAAACGUUACGACAGCCGGAAUCAACAUGUAAAUAAUAAAUAUUACGCUAGUCAUUCGUACGACGGUAGUGUCAGUAGCGGAAGCAUGGAAGGUAGAAGUCUGAGUCCGGUUCGAUCAGAUGAGUCGUCCAGUUCACCUACCAUACCAAAAACUAACUCUAUUUUGAAUAGACCGUUUCGUAAGAGAAGACCGGCUCCGAAACCUCCCGCUUCACAAAAUGGACAUGAAGCCAAAAACGUAUCAGAAUCGUUGACCAUUUCGCAUUCUAGAAAUAGCAGCGAUAGCAGCGGCUACCACGAAUCUUCUGUAUUAAGUGAGAGUCCAGAAUCAAACAGUAACAGUUUAGCGGAUUCGUUACCAAGACGUAGUAAAUUGCCCGAUAAAACACCGAGCAACGUCAAAGGCCAAGGACCCCAUAUGAACGGUAAAAUCGGCGCCAGUUUGUCGAGAUCGUUAUCCAAUUUGGUGGCUGUUGGCGAUAGCAAAUCGCGUACUUUUUUAUCAAAUGGUAUUAGGCACAAGGAAUAUUCAGCCUCGUCUAUGUCAUUGGCCAGUAUUGGAGGUAAAAAGAAAAAAGCUCCGGCACCGCCACCCCCGAUGUCGAAAUCGCUGCUUUCUCUGCAAGAAGAAUCGUCAUCGACCCCAGCAACGACGCUGAACGGCGACUUCACAUCAAACAGCCGCAAUUUCGCGUCCAUCCCCGAAGACGUUGUAUCGAAAAGUCAAACGUUACCAGCAACUUCGAACAAAUUAUCUACUUUUUCGACGGCCCCACCAACUUCUAUAUCUACUUCGACUUCAUCUUACGCUAGCUCAAAUAAAACGACCACAACGACGACGCAACGAACGCCGACGAAACCAGACCUUAAACCAUCUCCGGUUGCUGCUGCUCGAUCAGUAGAUAAAUGUAGUGCUGUAGCUGUAGAUGAAGUAGAUAGCGGCAAAAUCACCUCUUUAACCAAAUCGUCGCCUACCACGACCAUGGUAAACGGAAAUACCAACGCCAUUAUAAAACCAGAACCUGUAAAAAAUACCCAAUCUGAUGUUAAAGAUAAGGAACUAACCAUGGACGACGAAGAAAUCGAUAGAAUAUUCCAUGAUGCGACCAAAGAUUACGAAAGUCCAUCAUUACCAGUGUUACCAUCUCCUCCCAAACUGACCAACGGUUUUGACGAAGCAAAAUGCCAGGCUAAUGGCGAAGACCCUUUUAACUGGGAAUACAAAUUGCCCUCUCCUCCGAGGGCUUUUCGAGACCAAAGCAGUAGCCCUUCAGUAACCGAAUAUGAUACUGUAACCAUAGGAAAUCUGACUGAAGUAGUCACUGAGAAAAGACUGGUGCCCGAAGAGAAAGCUUCAGCACCUCCAAAUAAGUACAAAGUUAUUCCACAGCUGGAUCCAAUGGGCGUCAAUGUGAUGGCCGAUAUUGCCAAGCAGAUGACCAUCAAAAUUGAACCCAUGCUGUUGACUGCAAACACUAGUUCAGCCCCCUCUACUACUACUUCUGCUAAAAAGACUUACUACGAAGAAUCAAACAGCCAAUCAUCGAUGGACAACCAUUGUCAGAAGUCAGAAAAUGUUGUUGCCUCAGGUGUUGUGGCUGAAAAGCAUUGUAACUGUGAUAAAACUCCAUAUAUUGAUGUAAAUUAUGUGUCAACAAACGAUUCUGGGCUUGGAUCAGAUGAAUCGAUACCUUCUGUAUCUGAAGGUAGAUCUUGUAUAGAGGAACCUACAUCUUCAAUGUCAUCUUGUGUAUCUUCAGCUUCUUCAUUGUCUUAUGCCAAGAAACAGCCUCAACAGCAACCUCAACAACAAAUACAGCAGACAACGUCGACAGAAUCCAAAGCACCAGAACGACGUGGCAGUACUUUGCAGAAUUUCACCAUUACGACGUAUCAGAGUUCAAAACCAACUGAAAUCUUCCACGAUGACAGUGUGAAAACUUCAAAGACUACCCAAAUAGCUAAAAAUAAUCAUCCUUAUGUCAAGUUGCCAUUUGAAAAGAGAUCAGAUUCUAAAGGAAAUGGGCUGAGUAGGCAUAGCUCCUUUAGCACUGAGAAAUCUCCUAAUAAUCCCGUGAAACGGUCUAAAUCACACAUAUCGCUCCUCAGUGGUAAUUUUGCAAAGUUUAAUCGGUUUGGCAAAUUGAAUAUUAAAGAGGAUGAUUCUUCAGAGCAGAAUAGUCCUGUGUAUUCGUCUUCAGAGAGUAUUCAGACUGCGGAGGAUAUCAAGCCCAAGGUGCAACCAACUGUGGCUAGACUUCGCAAGACCCUUAGUGAGAUCAGUAUCAAUAAAGAUUGUAAUAGAGGUGAUGAUGAACUACUAGAGCUACAAGAUCAAGUCAUGAAAUGGAAGCAGAAUGAUGAAAGGAUGUCUAGACUGAAAGCAAAGAAUGUGCCUGAAUUACAAUCAGUGCAAGUACUGAAAGACAUUCUACCUCAGAUAAACAAACCACAGUUGCCUCCAGAAGUACAAAGUAUAACGUCAAAAACUGCUCUAGAAGAAAACUACCCAUCACGUGCUCGAGCCUUCAAAGUAGAUGUCAGAGCAAAGAACUCAUGCCAAGACUCAUCAGCCACCCCAGCUGUCAAUCUACAAUCUUGGAAUGAACGUCCAAAACGUCAAGUAAGCAUCAAAACUGAUCGAGACUAUGUUUUUGGUAACAUUCGCCGGCACGCUGAGAUGUUCUCCUCAAACCAGAACGGCUCUGAGACUGGUGUUGCCGACCAAUCAAAAUGCGAUCAAGAUUCAACAUCAAAGUCUGCCGGAUCAGAUAACAACACAGACCCAUCUCGCGUACCUAUUGUUCGAGCUGUCGAGUUCAAAAAGCCAUUCGUCCAGCAAUUGGAGAAAACCUACCAGGUCAAUGAUCCAGUCAAAAACGUCAAUAAAGAAAAACCCAGACCAGCCUCUUGUUACAUGUUUGGUGACCAUUUGACCAAUGGAGUUAGUCGAUCCCAAAGCAUGAUGGUCAACAACACUAAACCAACUCAAGUCAAUGGUACUGAGCCUAUUUCCACCAAAGUCAAUGGUAUUGUCAACGGUCACAGCAAUUAUGAUGAUAAUACCACUACCACCACCAAAAAAACCACCACCACUGAAACCACCACCAGCAGUUACACGAAUAAUGUCUCCAAGACCAAAAUCAUGUUCAAUUGCUCAGCACCAUACAACAAUAAGUACAAAUCUGUUACCGAAAUAACCGAAGAUACGACAAUUAAACGCCAUAGCUAUCCAGUCUUCACGACUGCACCAGCAACCAAUCCCCCUGAAUCAUCAGCAACAAGAUCCAGUGAACAAUACACCUUCCGUAACUAUAAAAAUAAAUUACUAGAGACAGAGAAACUAAAUGGUAAUGACAAUAAAUCAACUCCUGCUGAAAAACCCUCUACUCCUAAACAAUCCCCUGAGAAGAAAUCUUUCUUCAGAAUUUUCCGCAAAGAACAAUCACCCCAGCCUGCAGAAGUUAUCACCACAAAAUCUGUAGGUAUACCUCCCCCACCUCCUGUAAUGCCUUCCCUUAAACCAGUCAGCCAAAAUAGGAUGAGUUAUCAAAAACCAUGUUCAGAGAAUCCAAGAGACGUGUUACUAUCCUCGAUUAAAAAUUUCAAUAGAGAUAAUUUAAGGAAUGUCAGAGUCAAGUGAUGAGAUGAUGACUAUCAUGAUUAACAUUGUCUAUGUGUGUAAUGUGUAUUACUUGUUAUCAAUUUGAAAUAGGUAUGUUAAUUGUUUAUUAUGUACUUCCCAAAGGCAGACAAUCAGAUACUUACCUAUAGAAAGAGUGCACUAUCCAUAUUGUAAUGUAUUGUGGAUGAUAGCUCUAUUGUUAUGUUGUAUUUCCCGUUAUUUAUUUUUUAAGGAACCUAUUUUUCUAUUUUUUCUUCUUGAAAACAAUUUAAUGAAAAACACAAUUAUGAAGAAAAAAGUACUGCAAAUGUUUUUAUUAUUUAUUUCUUACUCUUCCAACGAACUGUAUUUAUUUUUAGAUACAAAAAUUUUUAAUUUGUAUAAGUAUCUACUAUGUUGUAACAAAUAUACAAAAAUACAUUAUUGUUUUAUUA